CGCCAAAGGAGAUUCUCAUCGGCGUCAAAUCACAACUCCCCAUUUUUGUUGGCGCAUCGCAGUUCGCAGCCGGAGAUCAAACGGUUGAGUGGGGCUUUCAAUGCGCCCACAAAUAUCGAAGUCGAAAGGCAUGAAGACCAUAAGAAAAGCUCGAGGGGGGCUGAUAGGCUUCGAAAGUGGGAAGAUAGAGUCAAGGGGUGGAAAAGUCGUCUUGAGUUGCCCGACUUCCAAGAUCCACGUGUUUCAUAUUCUGGAUCGGCGAUAACAUCGCGUGUUUACUGCGGGGAGGCAAGAGGCGCACCUGUUGCGGGAGAAACCUGCAUUGAACCUGCGUCUGUAGUGGAAGCGGCCAUGCUUGGCCGCGGGUGGGCAUAUCGACGUGGACAAACAACAGUCAUCAUGGGCCACUACCCCGAAAUCAGAGUCUCAGAGCAUGAGCACUCUGACUUACGACAUGAUUCCGCAUCAUCAGUCACCAAGUCAAAGGUCUCCCGCGCCCCACCAACUCAACGACUAGACUCCAACGACACAUUACCGGAGUCUGUGUCCUCCCCAGACUCAGCACAACAUCUAAUCGACUCCGACUCUGCAGAGGUUGACACGGUCGGCGACAUGGACCUAAACUCACAUACGGUCGAGGCCGAGUACAGGCGGUACACGCACGCGCCGCCGCCGUACUCGGAGGAUGCGUACGAUGGGAAGACUGAGGAUGAACAGAACGGAAUGCGGAUCAGAGACUACGCAAGGGAGAUUUCGAGGCAGAUGGGGAAGCAAUUGGUGAAGGAUUUGACGAGUCCACAGGUUGAGUAA